AUGGCGAAUGUCGAUGACGAUCUCAACGACAUCAACGAUAUACUCGACAGCCUUCGUUCAAGACCACCAAGUCCGAAUGAAAUCUCGUCAUGCCCCUCUUGUUCCAGGAUUAAAGAUGAAUCCCUGCCAGGAUACCGUUGCCUUCGGAUUGGGAGCUCACGAGGAAUCUACCCAAGUACUUGCGCUCGCUGCGUGUUUACGUCCGCGGUUGGAGAAGCCUGUGUGGAGCAAGGGAUUCUAAAAUGUGCAGAUUUUGACACAGACAACAAACCCAAUCACUUUAUUGUUUGGCAAGUCGAGAACGACGGUUCACUCGUACUUCCGAGAUGGUCUAACCUAUUAUCGUCUGCCGGAGGUUCCGCGUACUACCUUCCGAAUGCCAUAUCAUUUGAGAUAUUGACCGCUCCCGGGAAGCCAUCUCCAUUUCCUGACAUUCCUAUUUGGGGCCCAAGAUUGGCCUGCCCUAGCAAGGAUGAUGGCGUAAGCUUUGACAAGGUUCAGGCUUGGUUGAAGGUUUGCGAGGAAAGACACUCAAUGUGUGGUAGGGUGUCUGGAGCUCCAAAUUUACCGGCAAGGGUUCUUGAUGUUCGCCAACUACCCGUCAAGUUGUAUGAGCCACAUCCCGGUGAGUCGAAGCCAUAUCUGUGUCUUUCCCACUGCUGGGGUGGUUCGAGACCGAAAUGCAUGACUACAUCAUGGACCCUCGAGACCAAUCGCCAGGAGAUUGUUUGGAACGAUCUCCCCGCAACAUUUCAACAUGCCAUUGAUGUUACAAGGCGCCUAGGAUUUGAAUAUCUGUGGAUCGACUCUCUGUGCAUUAUACAAGACUCGGAAACGGACUGGCAGCACCAGUCGGCUGAAAUGAUCUUCAUUUACGAGAAUAGCCAUCUUACUUUGUGUGCCACUGCAUCAGAGGAUGACAAUGGUGGAUUCUAUGGAGACGUACCUACCGAAAGAAGGCCGAAAGAAAUUACAGUCAAAGGACCAGACGGAACAGAUUACGAGCUGCUGGUCAGAACGGACCUGUCGAAUCGACAUCUUCCAUUGCCUUGGGGAGUUGACCACCACGAAAACCGAAGGAAGUAUUUUCCGCUCCUGACACGAGCCUGGGUUUUCCAAGAGCGCCUUCUAUCUCGCCGAUUACUGCACUUCACCAAGGAAGAGCUCCUCUUCGAAUGCGCAGAACUCAUAACGUGCGAAUGUCACCCUGGGGUUGGGCGAUACGAUUACCGGCCAAAGCACAGUGAGCCACUCGACAAACGUGUACUUUCUCUCUCAGAGGCUGCUUUGAAGGCACCCAAGAAGAAGCCAGAGAGUCUUGAAGAAGCCGCCAACCUCGAGGUUAAUGCGACGCCCUGGGGGAGAGCAGUAGAGUGCUACACAGCGCUAAGUCUUUCAUAUCCACGAGACAAGCUACCAGCGUUGUCAGGAGUUGCCAAACAAAUCCAGAGACGUUUGCGGCCGGAUGACGAAUAUCUUGCGGGACUAUGGAGAAGCACGCUGCUACCUGAUUUAUGCUGGUGGUCUGUCGGCUAUAAGCAGGCACCACAGCGGUGGCGCGGGCCAAGCUGGUCAUGGGUAUCAAUCGACGGACCCAUCGCCAUGAACAAAUUCCGACAACGGGCUAAGAACGAUGCUUGCAGCGUUGUGGAUGCAAGCGUACUCCUAACUGGUCCAGACGCAAUGGGAGAAGUCGAAUCGGGGCACGUUAUUUUGUCAGGAACUAUUUGCGCCGGACGAAUGAAACAGGGAUCUCAUGUCGAUCCCAAGAUACUGCGCUACCCCAAAUCUGCAUCUGUUUACGACCUUCUACUGGCAGUCAAUGGGGACGAAAGGCUGAUGUUUGUAGACUGUCGGGAUUACCUCUACGAUGGCACGGUGACAGUUGGCCAAGAGAUAUUUUGUCUCCGCAUGGGCCUGUACAAUGACGCUGACGAGUUCUGCUUGAUCUUGAAACGGGCUGGCAAGGUGGAGACGUCAUCUAUCAAUGAAUCAGGAUGCUAUGAGAGAAUUGGAUACAUGAUGGGCUACUCUGGUGAUCUCGAUAGGUGGUGCGAAGGGAAAGCCAGGUCACUGAUAAAGAUUAUCUAA